GUCAUUUUCGGCUUCAAGGGUUUUGGGUUUUCAAGCGCAUCGUUCUCGUUCGUGUACACCAUCUGGCCCGGUCAGUUCUUGCUUGGUGUUGUUCACGCUAUAAAGUGAUUUUUUUUCCUGCUCUUUUCCAGUACUAUAAUUGCGCUUUGGGUUUGGAAAUAAAAAUGGUCAUCAACACAGGUCAUCCAGAUUUGGAUAGCAAAGUUGGGGAUUGGUUAAAUUGGGAUAAGAAUGAGAAAAAUAUAGCUGAAAUUGAAGAUCUACUGAAAAAAAAUGAGACAGCAACACUUGCAAAAAUUUUUGGAAAUCGUUUGGAGUUCGGAACAGCCGGUCUUAGAGGGGUUAUGGCAGCUGGACCCAGCAGGAUGAAUGAUUUGACAGUAAUCCAAGCAACACAAGGUAUGGCGAAAUAUCUUCUAGAAUGCUUUGAUGAUGUCAAAACCCAAGGCGUGGCGAUAGGCUAUGAUGGUAGGCACAACAGUAGCAGAUUUGCUCGAUUGGCUACACGAGCAUUUAUUUCAAUGGGCAUUCCUGUCCACCUCUUUUCUGCGCUAGUCCCUACUCCCUAUAUCCCAUUCAGUGUAUGCCAGCUUAAAACAAAAGCCGGCAUCAUGAUAACUGCUUCGCACAAUCCCAAAGAAGACAAUGGAUACAAAGUCUAUUGGGAAAAUGGAGCACAGCUCAUUUCUCCUCACGACAAAAACAUUCUUAAACGUAGCCUAGACAAUUUGGCUCCAUGGGAUGACGCGUGGGACGAUUCGGUUAGGGAACAUCCUUUGGUUUCUGACCCUCUCGCAAACAUAAACCAACUCUAUUUCGAUGUCCUUGCCAAGGAAUGUCUGCGAAGCGAACUUAACCAAAAAACUGCCCUCAAGUUUACCUACACACCUGUUCAUGGUGUUGGAGCUCCUUAUGUUAAGAUGGCUUUCGACACUUGCAAGUUUCAGCCAUACAUCCCAGUUCAAGAGCAGAUUGAGCCAGACCCUGAAUUUUCCACCGUGAAAUUCCCUAACCCUGAAGAGGGCAAAUCUACUUUGAAUCUAGCACUGGCAACAGCGUCUCGCAACAAUUCCACUGUGAUUUUGGCCAACGAUCCCGAUGCGGAUCGUCUAGCGUGUGCUGAAUUGCAACCAAAUGGAGACUGGAAAGUCUUUUCGGGCAAUGAAUUGGGUGCUCUGCUGGGUUGGUGGAUGUGGUCAAGAGCCGAGCAUAAAGGACAAAAUCCGGCGACGGCAGCCAUGAUCGCGUCAACUGUAUCAUCUAAAAUCCUUCAGACCAUGGCUGAACGUGAGGGUUUUUUGUUUGAAGAAACUCUUACUGGGUUCAAGUGGAUGGCCAACCGUGGACUGCAGUUGCAGAAGGAAGGAUACCAAAUCCUGUUUGCUUUUGAAGAGGCUAUAGGGUUUAUGUGCGGCAUUCACGUCCCAGAUAAAGACGGUGUUUCUGCGUCCGCCCAUUUGUCCGAAUUGGCUGUCCAUUUGGAAAACAAAGGUACUACGCUCAACGGACAGCUAGAAGACAUCUACCUCAAAUAUGGUCAACAUGUUACGCUGAACUCUUACUACUUGUGCUACGAUCCAAUUACAAUAAGCCGGAUCUUUGAACGUCUUCGCAAUUUUGAAAAUGAACCUAAAACGUAUCCGAAAUCCUUGAUGAAUGGCAAAUAUGCCAUUAAAGGUGUCCGUGAUCUGACAAAUGGCUUUGAUUCACGACAGCCGGAUGGCAAGGCUCUGCUUCCAACUUCAAGCUCUUCGCAAAUGAUCACGUUCUACUUUGAAAACGGAUUAGAUGCGACCAUACGAACAAGUGGCACCGAACCUAAAAUCAAAUAUUACACUGAGCUUCGCGCUCCACCUACUCAAACUGAUCGUCAACAAGUCCAAGCGACUCUAGAAGAGAUGGUUCAAGCUCUAGUGGACGAGUUUCUUCAACCGACGUUGAAUCAGCUCACUCCCCGCCCUGAAUGAAUAUCUGAAAACCGCGUGGAUGGACACAUUUGGUUGGAAUCAUCAGAUGUGUAUUGAAACGUAGUCAACUUACGUGUGUAGAACUGUAAUGCUACUCAUUUUGAUGGAUCCGCUUUUCAAAGAGGUAGGCCCAACCUCUUUUUUCCUCUUGCCUAAUUGUUUGGUGUGAUAAGUAGUUUUCAAAAUCUCUUUGUUAUUUGUUAGCCGUAGAAAGGUUAUUAUUAUUGUCUGUGUUAUUCCGGGGAAAUGUAGCGAGAGCUUAUUCACACAUCCGUGAAUGAAGAUUACCACUUAUGUUUUUGAACCGUUUGUUCGUUGACACUAAACAUGUUCCACUUGGCGAAAGAGUGUUUACCAGCCUUUUUACUUUGUGUCUAUAGAAAUAGCCAACGGGCUCUUUCAUAUCGAUUAGAUGGGUCGAGAAUGCUUGCAAAAUUCUAAAUCCGAUGGAUUUAGAUAGACGAAUCGAUCAACGUGAUCGUAGUACCGGCAAAGAUGGGCUCUCACGCGCGGUCCAACUUGUAAACGAAUUUUUAGCGUCGGCCUACUGCGGGACAAAAAUGUCGAAUCUUUUAAAAUUCUUCUUGUUUGUGUAUAUAGGUAAAGAAAUAUGGGUUCCUUGUUUAGUCGUUGCAAAGUUCAUAUAUCGCGCCGAGGCGAUAUAUCAGGCCGUUAACGCUUUAAUAGUUUAGAUAGGGUGUGUUUACGACGAAGAGCGGGUGCUCGCUGCUUUCCUUCCUAUUUUUACCCGAUCCUUGUUGGUUUUUCGUUAGAAACCUAGUAAUCGAUGGUCUUCUCCGUAUACACUCUGGCACUUAAUUUAUGUUCUUCGCAUGCGGAUGCAUUUCAUGGAGUUGUAUAUAACUCACGUCAGACACAGAUGUCAAAGCCGAACUUUCCAUAACCGUAUUAUUUAUUUCUGUUUGACAUUAAAGGUGGGAAGAAAGAAGGGGUGCUCUCGAUCGCGGCAGUUGUUGUUUAAGCUGCUGCGUGCAAACACGUGUGCUAACCGCUACAAGUCGGGGGAAUAAGUAAAGGGAUGGCAGUUAUUGAUUGAUGGGGAAAAGUUUAAGCGUUUGCUUGUUGUCGGGGUCUAAUAAUAAGCCGCUGUUUGGAGGGUAACCCCCGCGUCGUUUUGCGACGAGAGCAAUCUACUCGAAUGAAUUGGUCUGCUCUGGUUUCCGCUAGCGGUGGCGUCUGCGUCUAUUGUUGUCCGUCUCUCCGUUUACCCACAUCCGCCCCAAAAAGACUAGGCCAGAAGACGAAUGAUGCCAUUGUGUGUGGCUGAAUAUUACGUAUCGAUUCAACUUUGAUUUCAUUCUGUGCGAAGGGGCGAUUUGGGUUUGGUUUCUUUUUUUGGCCAGUCAGCGAGUUUCCCGCGUGACAAAUAAUUACGUUAGCCUAGCCGCCAUUGAGACGAGAGCAAACACCUCAUCAAAAAUGCAAACAGACGUAGUCGUACAGUAAGAUGCCGUACGUGAAAGUGACACGCAAAAGGAAUGAACUAUCUCUUUCCAACUCCAUAUCCCCCAGUUGACUCGAAACGGUUCCAUUUGGUGAGUUGCAUCGCGGUCCAGCAAACAAGCUGCAUCGACUUUUUUUUUUGUUUUAUUUUCUUUUUGGGUCGUUUUCACAAAGAGCUGCAAAGUAUGGACCCGAACUGAAGUAGAAGCCCCGCCCCGUCCCUCUAAAUAAAAACUAACUAUAACAUGAACGGCCAACAAGUUUUGGGCCUGCCUAAUCUUUUAGUGGUCAGUUUUGGUUUGUGCUGGCCAACUCCCCGCUGUUUUGUGUACACUUAAAUGUACAACACUGUCACUAUACCCCGUAUGCGUCCGUCUCUCAGUAAACUGUCCAGCGGGACUAGAAGGGAAAGGCAGUGCACUCAGCUGAUUUGACGGGACGGAACCGUUCCGUUCAUAAAAGAGUGCACUCUCUUGCCCUGUUUUUUUUUUUUUUUGUUGUGAUCUCCAGACGCGUGAGACGGAGGGAAAAAAAAAAUCCUAGAGUGACGGAUAUACACUCUGGCGGACAUCCCGCGAUGCACACAAGAGGGAGUACUGGCUAAUUCAGCCUUUUCAUGCAUAAUGGAAAGGCAGCCCGCUCCUUGGUUGAACGAAAUCACGCAUUCAAGCAUUUUCCUGCCACUCGUUUCUAAGUAUAGAUUGAACGGAUCGAAGUCUAGAUAGGAAUAGUCCUAUCUAAAGAAAAAAAUUUGCAUAUUCACGCUAGUAAAAGUGUUGUCUAUGGUUACACGUAAACGAUAUCCAGCAUCCGCAAAAAAAAAUUUUGUUUGUUCGUAUCGUCAUGUUACAUUGAAGACUAGAUUUGAUCGCGAAUGUUAUAGCAAAUGUUUUCUCAGUACUGCGCAUUGGAAUCAAAUGUAAUCUGAUGAUGCGGAUGGCACGUGUGCGGGUUUAUUGUAAGUUUACCUCUGAACGAUAAAACGCCCACCUAACUCACCUUAUUUGCAUUUUGGCCCGCAGGGCCCAAAUAAGAGUCUAACCGCAUUUGGAAGGGUAAUGUAUGUGUAUUUGUUUUCCUGUUGUCACUAGAUUAUAGAAAUUGAUGAAAACGAUUAGCGAUUACAUUGACCAAUAAGAGGAUUAUAUAAAAAGAGAGAGAUAUUUUUAAUAGCAUAAAAUGCGUCGGAGAAAUGUUUGGG